AAAUCUCUCUAUUUACUCUUUGUUUCCACUUUUAUAACCUCAAAAACAAAUCAAAACAAAAUACAAAACUAACAAAGCCGACCAGUUUAUAACUUUUAUUUACAAUCAAAGACUUAUCACACAAUAUACAGGCUACCCGCCACCAUGGAUGAGCUAGAAUCUUCAGAGCUUGGCACUCAAACGUACUGGCAAGAGGCGUACAAGAAGGAAAUCGCCAAUUUCGAUGAGCAUGGGGACCCUGGCGACGUCUGGUUCGGAGAAGACAGCGCGUGCCGCGUCAUCGACUGGAUCUGCAACUGCGGGGUGGCUAAGGACACGGCCAUCAUCGAUUUAGGUUGUGGCAAUGGCUAUACGUUACAAAAGCUAUCAGAAGAAGGAUUCAGUAAUUUACUAGGUGUAGACUACUGUAUGGAAGCCAUAACAUUGGCUGAAAAGGUUUCAAAAGAAGAAUUCCCUCAUAUUAAAUACAAGGUAUUUGACAUAACAACAGGAAACCUAGAAGAUCUAGGCUGCAAGUUUGGUCUAGUGCACGACAAAGGGACCUAUGAUGCUAUCAGUUUGAACCCAGAUAAUCCAAAGGAACAGAGAGAGAAAUAUAUACAACAAGUAGUUGAUAUGCUAGAUGAUAAAGGCCUGUUCGUGAUAACCUCGUGCAACUGGACAUCGGAUGAGUUGGUCAACCAGUUCAGCGACAGGUUGCGGUUGCGGCGCGUGAUCCCGACGCCGCAGUUCAAGUUUGGGGGGAAAGUGGGGAGCGUCGUGUCAUCCGUCGUAUUUGAGAAAUAAAUGAGAGAUGAUA